AUGUCGAUGUUUUUCCCGUUGGUGAACGGUAGCGGCUGGUCUCGAGAUCCUUGGUCGGGCGAUAUAGUCGAUGGAAGACUCCACGGGCGUGGAGUCGUAGACAUGAAGUCUGGGACUGCUUCGCUCAUCAUUGCAUAUGCUUUUUUGUACGAGCGUCGCCAUCUCCUGUCGGGUAGUGUUGCCCUUUGCGCUGUCGCUGACGAGGAGACGGGCGGGAAAUGGGGUACCAAAUAUCUCAUUGAACAAGACAAGCACAGAUGGGGUGGUGACCUCAUGCUGUGUGCUGAACCAGGUGGUCUCGAGACUAUCAGAUUCGCAGAAAAGGGAUCGCUGCGAUUGACAUGUACUAUCAAGACCAAAGGCACGUUGGGACCAUGUCUUCAUCUCAGUGAGGGCGCCAUCCGAACAGCCAGUGCUUUCAUCUAUGAGAUCAUCAAGUCAGUUGAAUCACUACCAGUCGAUCUACCAGACGAAAUGGAGAGGCGUCUGGAAAAGCCGGAGGUCAAGCGAGCUAUCGAUCAAGCAAUGGGUCCUGGAACUAUUACAAUCAUUGCUCGACCGACCGUUAACGUUGGCACAAUUAAGGGCGGUCUCAAAGUCAACAUGAUCCCAGAAACAUGUAUGUUCGAGUUGGAUAUUCGUAUGCCAGUGGGGAUACGAGAAGACACGGUUCUGGAGCUGAUUGAUACCAUCAUCCCGCAGUACGAGCCCGCGAGCAGUACGAUCAAGAAGCAAGCUGCUGCGAGUAAUCCCUUCAAUUACUCGGUAAUCGAUCAUUACAUCGUUAGUCAUCUGAAGGACAACGCCAAGAGCCUGCGACCAGGUGCCGAUGCUCCUGUUCCCAUCCCCUCGAUGGGCGGAUCAGAUUGUAAACAUUAUCGGUAUGCUGACAUCCCGGCUUACAUCUUUGGCUGCAGCCCAGAAACAAUGGCUUCUGUGAAUGAGUCAGCGUCAAUUGCAGAGUUUCAUCACGUUACAAAGAUACAUUCGUUGGCUGUCUGGGGUUAUUUACAUCAUGUAUAA